AUGAAUCGCAGUAGAAGUCGCAAUUCAGGUAUCUACACUGUCGAAAAAUUGCUCGAUCGACGGGUUAGAAUGAACAAAGUAGAAUACCUCGUCAAAUGGAAGAAUUGGAAUGACAAACAUAACACCUGGGAGCCGGAGAAAAAUAUUCUGGACAAAUCACUCAUUGAAAAUUAUCAGAGAGCAGAGGCUAGGAAACGGAAAGCGAAUACAACUGCAAGUAGUAGACCUCAGAGUCCAUCCACAGAGAGUAAAAAGGCCAAAGCUGCCGGGGGAACUGCACCAGAUAAUGCUAGCUUAAAUGAACCCCUGACAAUUAACGUCUCGGUGACAAAGAAUUCCCUUCCAGCGGCUCAUUCUGGAUCCAGUUCUGUUGAUGCUGCUACCACCUCUUCUGUUGGAUCUCCUCGUAAUUCCACUUUUGAUAAUGCUAACACCAGCAAUACCAACAACGACACCUGCGAAUGGCGGAUGGAUAGCCGGUUAAGGCCAACAACUCUAUUGGUCACAGCAGCUUCUGCUUCGGCUGCGAACACGAGAAUGGCUGCAAAGGCUCCAUCGUCUGAACAUGGGAGUCGAAGGAGCAUGUCUCCUCAGUUUCCACCAAAACCGGUUGAACAACCUCGGAUUCGACUAAAAAUUCCGCGCGAACGUAUUCUUUCCAUGCAUUCAACUGGUGAAGACGAGGAAGACGAUGAGGAGGAGGAAGACGAUGAUGAUGAGAGUGAUGAAAGCCCCUCAUCUAGCGGCGAUUCCGUUAUCGAAGAAAUUGAACUUCCACGUCGAGAAAGGCUUUCAACAAAUGAGCCAGAAUUUGUUGUCAUUCCGAAGCAAUUAGACGUUCCUACAAUCAAAGCAUUCUCCUCAGAUUCAUUAAUGCAUCCUCCUAUAGACUUAAAGCUUCAAUCAAAGCGGUUUAUUGGGAACUGUGAUAAGAGUUCAGUGGUGAAUAGGAAGGGUAAAGGGAGGAAGAAGAGGCAUAAUGAGGAAUGCCGUUCUUCCUCGUCUUCCUCUCCUGGAAGCGACAGUAGUCCGCGACGAUUGGCUCCCCUUCGCAUUCACCUGUCUCGAAAUGGAACUUCAGCGGCCUUUUUAGCUACCCCACUGUCAGUUGCAUCGUAUCCUGCGUCUUCUGCCUCUACCCUUGUGUCACCUCCCCCACCGUCGCUAGAAAGGGACAUUUCAAUCACCGAUGUAACAGUUGGAGGGCUAACGGUAACCAUUAAGGAGUGUUCCACAUCAAAAAACUUUUUUGGAAUUCCUACCUCUCAGGUAGUUGCAAACUCAAGACCUCCAUUGGCUCCUCGUCCAAUUGUAGAGGAGCUAGAAUCAAUGGUUUCCAAGCCCCCAACUUCCAAACCAUCCGCUGAGGUACCAGUGGAUGAAAACAGCGAACCACAGAUGAUCGAUGUUGUGGAGGAAGCUCCUAAAGUCCGUAAGACAAAGUCUUCCAACCCGGUGAGGGUGUGUGUUCUUGCCGACACAGUCCCUCCACCAAGCAGGAGCAUUGAUGACAGCGUCUAUGCCUUCCACGGCGAUGAUUCCCCCCCUCCUCCGUCCCCACCACCAAAAGCUGUGACGGAACCAACUCAGGUAUCCCCACCACCACCACCACCGCCACAACCAGAACCAGCUAAGCCACCCCCUCCUCCACCUCUACUCCAACUUCCAACCCUGCCUCCGAUGGCAUCUUCUUGGGAGACGUACUUUAAGGCAAUUGGUCUGUUCCCCCAAACAGAACUUUUGAAUCCACCACCUCUUUUGAGUGUGCCGUCGACGGGGGGAAUGUAUCCGAACCCUUUUGUGCCUCCUCCAUCCACUCAUCUGCAACACCUCCCCCCUCCGCCCCAACUACUUGCUAUGCCUCCAGGCAGUGCGAUCAUGGACGAGAUGCAGCCAAUUGAUUUAUCAACGGGUUCUAGACGUUGA